AUGACUCGUGUGCUUAUCCAGGACUGUCAUUUGCGGUUGCAGAAAUACCGCAGAGUGUUGGACCAGGUAAUUCCGAAGUGUUCGGAGCUCAUCGGAGUGAACUAUGCAGCAAUCCUGAAACGAGUAAUCGAAAACCGAGCCAGAGAACUAAGAUCUAGACGAGAUAGGGAGUUGAGACACAAAUUCCAAAAAUUAGGUCCAACAACGCAAGAUCCCAGCGAGACACUGGUCCACAAUUUGCCUUCCAAGGAACUGACGCCAGUGCAGCUUCGAGUGCUACAACAUGCAGCAUGCUUCAAUACCGCGGACACCGAUCCGGUUAACCUCUGGGCUAGCAUCGAGUCGGUCCUCGAGCACUCCCAGGAGCCGGAUGAUGCAAAACAUCUCAUCCGACGGCCAGUUACGUCCUUACUGUUGGCGCACAAAUCACGAGUAGCAAUUCCGAAGGCGGAGCAAGACGCCCUCGAGAGACCGAAGGCUGACAGAAGCAUUGUAGUAUUGCCAGCCGACAAGGGACGUUCCACAGUAGUGCUCGACAAGUCAGAUUACCUUCUGAAGGCCAACGCCCUGCUUGACGAUCGUCUUGCGUACCUCAAGUGCGACGGAGAUCCGAUGAAGAAGCUGGUGGCACAAAUCAACACGACGCUCGCUAGGUUACAGGGCAACGGUGCCAUCUCAAAAGCAGAACGACUGGCCAUUAAACCAACAGAUUCGGCUAUGGCGAGAUUCUAUGGGCUGCCGAAAGUGCACAAACCUGGUGCUCCACUUCGACCUAUCGUAUCUUUGCGCGGGACGCCUACAUUCAACCUGGCCAAAUGGCUGUUCCGACGUCUGAACUGUCUUACAUCCGGCUCCUAUACAACGGUCCGCUCAGCCGUAUAUUCCUUGGAAAGACUCCAGGGUCUACACCUUACUGCAGACGAAGUCAUGGUAUCAUUUGAUGGUACCUCACUCUUCACCUCAAUUCCUCAGAGUCUGGCAAUUGGAACUGUCGGCGAUCUACUCGAGAGUCAAUAUGACAACGAGAUCAAUAGGCUUAGACGAGGGCACCUCAUCCAGAUGCUCAAUUGUUUGCCUCAAGACCUACUUCACCUUUGA